AUGUUGCGUGAUCCGAGGACCAGCGACUGGUUCCUAGUCGGGGGUCCAGGACCGUUGUUAAUGAUCGUCGUCAGCUACAUCUACUUCAGCACAUCCGCUGGGCCGAGGUACAUGAGGGACAAGAAACCGUACGAUCUGAGGAACGUGAUGAUCGUUUACAACUUCAUACAAGUGUUGUUCAGCGUAUAUCUCGUUUACGAGGGACUGGUCAGCGGCUGGCUGAGCGACUACAGUUACACUUGUCAGCCAGUCGAUUACUCGAAUAAUCCAAAUACUCUCCGGAUGAUGCGGGCCGUGCACUUCUACUUCAUGUGCAAGCUGAUCGAGCUGUUGGACACGGUGUUCUUCGUUCUUCGCAAGAAGAACCGUCAGAUCACCUUCCUUCACAUCUACCACCAUUCUCUGAUGCCGAUCUGUGCCUGGAUCGGUUGCAGAUACUUGCCGAACGGGCAUGGUACCCUCUUGGGCGUGAUCAACGCGUUCAUCCACGUGAUCAUGUACAUGUACUACAUGCUGUCUUCGAUGGGACCGCACAUGAACAAAUACCUAUGGUGGAAAAAGCACUUGACCACGCUACAGCUCAUCCAAUUCAGCAUCAUUUUCGUCCAUAACAUCCAGAUGUUUUUCAACGGCUGCAAUUAUCCAAAGUUCAUAUCGUUCCUGCUCACCCUGAACUCGUUGCUCUUCAUCUACAUGUUCGGCUCGUUCUACAUGGCGAAUUACGUGAAGGGACAGAAACAGAAGAGCGCCGCCGAUACGUGUUCCGCGGCGAGUUCGAGCAAUGGCACAAUCAAGAACAAGGUUGAAUGAAACUUUAUGAUCAAGGAACGUCGAAUAUAGCCUCCGUAUAGUGUUCUCUGCCAUUGAGAGUUAUGUCCCGCCAGUGGAGGUCGUUCAUGUUCAUUGCCUCUAUAGGUUUGCCAGCCUGCUGAAAGGACAGAUUGUACGAAACGUUUGCUGUUGGUUACUCGACGAUUCUUGAUUCAUAAAAAUAUUGCUUUGGAGAGAGACAGAGAG